AUGAAGGCGUAUUUAUAUGAUAACUUACCUGGCGACCCGCGUUUGUCACACGACUCCGGCCAGCCAAUUAACACAGCGGCACUUAGCAAGCUGGGAGUGCUCUAUUACUACUUCCCUGAUAUUGCGGAUUUAGAUAAAUUAGCUACUGAUCGCGAAUAUAAAAAUCGAGAUGAAAUCAUUAUAUCGCCGGAAAAAAUGGGCAGCAUUUACAAAGAAAAAGUUGCAAUCUUUUUCGAAGAGCAUUUGCACGAAGAUGAAGAAAUUCGAUACAUUAGGGCUGGCCGGGGUUUCUUCGACGUCCGGAGUAAGGACGAUCAAUGGGUUCGCAUACGAGUAGAAAAGGGCGACUUGCUAAUACUCCCUGCUGGCAUUUAUCACCGCUUCACCACGGACGAGGCAAAUUUUAUUCAUGCGAUGAGGCUCUUUAAAGAUGAACCAAAAUGGACUCCAUUAAACAGAAGCGAUAUAAUGGAAAAAAAUAUAUUUCGCCGAAGUUAUAAGGGACAAUAUCUGAAUUUAUAA